CAGGGUCGGUGGAGGCGGAGCAGCUCGCGAUGGCCGAGUGCCGCCGGCGGGCCCGGGCGGUCGGCAACUUGGGGCUGCUGGCGAACCUCCGUCCGCUGGCGUCGCUGGGAGGUGGCGUUGCCGUGGGCGACCUUGCGGGGGUGUGGCGUGCGGACGCCUGCGAGGGCGGCUAUCGUGUAGGCGACGAGGUGCCAGGGCUCGUUCCCACUGCGGCGCUAGUCCAGAGCCGCGACAUCCACGCGCUGCCCGACGAGCAGGGCCUCUUCGUGGAGCUGGUGCCGCCUGCUAGGUUGGAGGGCUUCCUCAGGAAGGCGGUCGACACCGACGCGAGGAUCCUCUCCAUUGUCCGUGACGCGCAGGGCCGCAGGGGCGUGCCCUGGCACAAGAUGAUCGAGAUGACCCGCCAGGAGGACUUCGGCUCCGACUGGACUCUCCUGGGCCCGAGGACGGCGGCCUGGCGCGUGCUUUACCUCUACAGGGAGGGCCUUGGGGUCGAGGGUCAUCACGAGCACUUCUGUCAGAUAUCCCACUUCGGAGACACCGACUGGGGGGUGCAGGAGCACUGCCCGCAGCGUCAGCGGAUCAUGGCGGCCACCUGCCAGGACUUUCUGGGCGCGCCGACUUUGAUCAGCAUCGAGAUGAAGUUCAGGAGGCUCCAGUCCAUCGAGUCUGCGCGCUGGGACAAGGCCAAGGACGCCGACAGCGCGGGUGCCGGAGGCAAGAUAAGUCAGGAGGGGCAGGCGGUUUCCUCGGGCGUCUCGCGCUCCACCUGCUCCACAAUGGCGUCGCCGGGUCUUAUCGAGCACGCGCGCAGCGAUAUCGAGAGGGAAGCCAAGCUGCACGAGAGUCUGGGCCAG